AUGCCAAGGAAAUCCAAAAGAACCAGCAAGAUCGAUGAAGGCGAAGCGACGGAAGAUCUGAUCAAUACCAGAUUGAUUCCCCUUGAAAGUACACUAUCGGCAACACAGGAAAACAUCAGAUUAUUGGAGAAGAAUACCAACGAUUCAUUUUUUCGAAUGGAGGAUCAGUUCAAGAAGCAAUUCUCAACUCUUCAGAAUCUGUUGGAGAAAUUGAUACCUGGUGAUUCAGAUGAGCGAUUCCCAGAGUCAGUACUCGGAAAAAGCAGCCCCAACAAACUGGUGCUGAGAAAUGUACAAAUCGAAGCUUCCGGCAAAUACAAGUGUGAAGUAUCAUCAGACGCACCAAAUUUUUACACCUAUAUGCAGUCAGGAUACAUGUAUGUUAUCGUACUUGGUACAAAACCUCAUGAAAUCGGUUUGGCAUAG